AUGGCUUUCUUCACAAACAUCACCAUCCUUCUGGUUCUGGCUUGUAUUUCCCAUCAGCUGAUGCUGGGCAGCUGUCAGAAGGGUCAUGGACGAAGGGGACGAGGGGUGGACAGAGGACAACACAAGGACAGGUCGGGGCUAAAGGUUGGCCGCCAACCCAAAUCUGUCUCUGCACAGCCCAUUAAGGGAAUACUGGUCACCAAAGACAAGGCUGCGUGCACCUGGGCUGCGACAGGUGAGGAUCUCUUCAUCCUCGGAGUCACUUGCAAGAAGGGGGACAGGAGCUUCAGCUGUGAAUAUGUUGCCAGACCAUCUGUCUGUCCCCAGUACUCUUCUAAUGUCAAACUUUACUGGAAGCAAAUUGCCAGGGCGCUGAAGAAGCAAAGGAAUCUGUGCCAAGACAGUAGUGCACUGGUCAAGGCAGGUGUGUGCAGAGGAGCUGCCAGAGACGCUCAUUUCAGACUCCGUGUUGCAGAGAGGAAGACCGUCCUGCCUCACACUCCACCUGCUGCAGCUAGAGCCGUCAAAUCCUGUCAACCUAGCAACAAGAAGCUGGCAGAGGAGUACUGUAACAACUCCUGGUCGAGUUUUUGCACGUUCUUUUUUACGAUGGUACGAGAUAACGAUUGCUGA